UUUGAUCAAUAUAUAAAAAAAUUAAAUGAAAAUAAAUCAACAGAUUUAUCAGAAAAAUUUCAAAAUCAAUUAUUAUUUAUUAAAGAAAAAUAUCUUGAAGAUUUAAAAAUUUUAAGUAAUACUAUUGGAAAUGAAAGGAAAGGAAAAGGAAAAGGAAAAAGUUUAAUUCAAAAUUCGUAUUUGAAGAGAACAAACAUCAAGUUCUAAUAUUAUAGAUAUUAUAGCAAAUGAAAUGACUUGUCCAGUUAGUAGUGAACCAGAAGAUCAAUUAUGUAUUUUAAAAUGUCAACAUACAUUAUCACUAAAUAAUUUAAAAAAAUUAAAACAAAAAAUAUGUCCUGAAUGUCGAGAAAAGAUUGAAGAAAAUGACAUCAGAUAUUUAUUGCAAAAUUCUAUUUAUAAAAACUUAUAUACCAAAUUUUCUAAAUCUGGGCAUAUUUUACCUCCAAUUGAAUUAGAAAAUUCAGAUCAAAUAUAUGAUAGUGAUGAUUCAGAUAAUUCAGAAGCUGAUCUUAUAUUAAUUAAAAAGAAGAAUUUUAUGAAUCUAAUCAUUAAACUAAAUUCAAAUAUAUCAUUAUCAUCAAUAUUUCCAAAGUUUUCAAAAAAACAACAUCCAACAUAUCAAAGUAUAAUAAAAGAAUUAAACAAAAAACAGUAUGAAAAAGCUGAGUCCUUGUGUAAAGAAUUUUUGAAUUUUUUUCCUAAAAGUUAUUCUUUGAAAUGCAUUUUAGCUUACAUUUAUAGAUGCCUUAAUAAUUAUGAACAAGCACAUUUAUACUUAAAUGAAGCUAUUAAUUUAAAACCAAGACGACCAAUUGCUUAUUUAAUUCGUGGUGAAAUACUUUUUUGGCAAAAUGACUAUGAAACAGCAGUAGAUAAUUUGUGGAAAUCAAAAAAAUUAUAACGUUAAAAUUAAUAACUUAUAUAUAAUGCUUGGAAAUAGUUUUCUUGCUUUAAUGUCUCAUUCAAUAUUUAAUUUUACUGGUUAUUCUAGCUAUUAUAAUUUUGCUUUAGAAAAUUAUAAUAUUGUAUUAAAAAAUGAUCCAAAU